AUGGACUUCAUUAUAAUGAUGAUCCAUGUAGUUGUAAGAGCAGCUCCACCACUGCACCCAAAUUGGGCAAAAGGCCUCCCUGGCAAGCCCAAACACCCUCCAGCGCGAGAGACCAGGCCCAGGCAAGAGCUGGGUCCCACCAGCCGAGGCAAGUCUAAGGGCAGGUUUCGCCUAGGCUUCAGCCCGAGGGCUAGGGCUGGCAAUGGGUCGGGUUGUGUCGGGUUCGUGUCGUGUCGGGAUAUUAAACGUGUCAAGAAUGCUCAACUCGAACCCAACCCAUUUAAUAAACGUGUCGUGUCGGAUUUGGGUCGUCUUUUAUCAUGCGAGUUUCGAGUCGUGUAA